GUUUCUCUUCUCCUACAGGUCCCACCGCACCUUCCCAGUAUCGCUGCUUCCCCUUCGCCUACUUUCCAGGCUGGCCAGUCAGAUUCACCGUCCUUUUCGGGUCGCCUGCGUUAUCUUGCUUUCCUCCCACGCCCCGACACAGGCUCCCUCUCGCUGGCCUCCUCCCUCUCCUCUCUGCCCUGCAGGCAGCAGAGCCUCCUAUGACGCCAAGAGGCAGGGAGGUGGGGAGGCGAGGAGCUGGAGAGGCCUGGAGGUAGGGGGUGGGGUGGGGGUGGGGCCUUGCGCCGCCGCCCCGCCCCGCGAUGCGUGUGUGAAGGUCGGGGUGGCGGUGACGCGGCGCCGGCGGGGGGAGGGAGGCUGGGCCGGUGGGAGAGGGAGGCGAGCCGACCACUGGGCUGUUGGGCUCCCGCGCCCUCGCGCUCCCCGCCGCCAGCCCAGGCGCAGGCAGGGCGCAGGCGGCGGCGGGCGGCAUGGAGAGCCUGCUGGAGAACCCGGUGCGCGCCGUGCUCUACCUCAAGGAGCUCACGGCCAUCGUGCAGAACCAGCAGAGCCUCAUCCACACCCAGCGAGAGCGUAUCGACGAGCUGGAGCGGCGGCUGGACGAGCUGAGCGCUGAGAACCGCAGCCUGUGGGAGCACCAGCAGCUGCUGCAAGCCCAGCCUCCGCCCGGGCUGGUCCCCCCGUCAUCCGCCCCGCUGCCGGCCGCUCCGGCCGCUUCUCCCGCCGCCGCCGCCAGGGCCCAGGAACCUCUCCAGGACCAGGGACAGCGCUCAGCAGCCGCGCCGCAGCCCGCGCCCGAGCUGCCGCCGCUUCAGCACCACGGACAGCUCCUGGAGCAGCCCCAGCGGGGCCCUGGCAGCAGGGCUCACACACCCCAGUCGCCCCACAAGCAUCUGGGGACACAGGGGGCCGUGACUGACAAGGAGAAGGAGCGUCCCCCGAGUUGCUGCGCUGCUGCCGGAGCCCUCCUUCAGCACAAAUCCCCCUCCGCCCUCGGCAAGGGCGUCCUGAGCAGGAGACCUGAGAAUGAGACCGUGCUGCACCAGUUCUGCUGCCCAGCCGCCGACGCCGAGCAGAAGCCGGCCUGCUCCGACCUGGCCUCCCACAGUGAUGGCUCCUGCACCCAGGCCAGUGGGGGCAUGGAGGACUCCGUGGUGGCAGCGGCGGCGGUGGCAGCCGGCAGACCCAGUGCCCAUGCCCCGAAGGCUCAAGCCCAGGAGCUGCAGGAGGAGGAGGAGCGGCCGGGGGCAGGGGCUGCCUCCCCAAGGGCUGGCCCCCAGCACAUGGCCUCUCCCGGCCGGCAGCAGCCUGCCCUGGCGACCGCGCUGUGCUCCCACACCCCUGCCGCCUCCGAUUACGAACUCUCCCUUGACCUAAAGAAUAAACAGAUUGAAAUGCUAGAACACAAGUACGGGGGUCACCUGGUGUCCCGGCGCGCCGCUUGCACCAUCCAAACCGCCUUCCGCCAAUACCAGCUCAGCAAGAACUUUGAGAAAAUCCGCAACUCGCUUCUGGAGAGCCGCCUGCCACGGCGGAUCUCCCUGCGCAAGGUGCGGGCACCCACGGCCGAGAGCCUGGCGGCCGAGAAAGCGCUCAUGGAGGGCUACGGCCUCAUGGGGCUGCCGCUGGUGCGCGCGCCCUCCCUGCCGCCCACCUUCGCGGGCACCCUCACCGAGCUGGAGGACUCCUUCACCGAGCAGGUGCAGUCCCUGGCCAAGUCCAUCGACGACGCGCUCAGCACUUGGAGCCUCAAGACCAUGUGCUCCCUGCAGGAGACCGGCGCUUACCAGCUCCACCGGGCCCUGCAGGCGGCCGCGGGGCCCCCAGGCCUGGAGGGCGAGAUGCGGGAGCCGGAGAGCGCAGGCCCCGGGCCGGGGGAUGAGGCCGCGGAGACCCCCGGCCUGCCCCCGGGCCACAGCGGCACCCUCAUGAUGGCUUUCCGGGACGUCACGGUGCAGAUCGCCAGCCAGAACAUAUCCGUGUCCUCCGCCACGGCUCUGUCCGUAGCCAACUGCCUGGGCGCUCAGACGGCCCAGGCCACAGCGGAGCCCGCGGCGGGCAAGGCCGAGCAGGGCGGGACCCCCGGGCAGGAGGCCGCGGAAGCCCCCGCAGUGGGCCGGGGGGACGCGUCCGCGGAGGACUCAGGCACAGAGGCUGGGGCUGGGGGAGCGGUGGAUGAAGCCACAGCAGCCAAAGCAGAGGAGGAGGAGGAGGAGGAGGAGGCAGCAGACGUGGGGAAAGGGGCCGAGGCUGAGGCAGGCGACUUGGAGCAGCUGAGCAGCAGCAGCACGUCCACCAAGUCCGCCAAGUCAGGCUCGGAGGUGUCGGCCUCCGCCUCCAAGGACGCCCUGCAGGCCAUGAUCCUGAGCCUGCCGCGCUACCACUGCGAGAACCCCGCCAGCUGCAAGUCGCCCACGCUCUCCACCGACACCCUGCGCAAGCGACUCUACCGCAUCGGCCUCAACCUGUUCAACAUAAACCCGGACAAGGGCAUCCAGUUUCUGAUCUCCCGCGGCUUCAUCCCUGAUACCCCCAUUGGUGUGGCCCAUUUCCUCCUCCAGCGAAAGGGCCUCAGCCGCCAGAUGAUUGGAGAGUUCCUGGGCAACAGCAAGAAGCAGUUCAACCGCGACGUGCUGGAGGAAAGCAAUGCCCAGGGGACAUUGGGUCCCCUGCUUUGCCAGGCCUGGACUCCUGCCUCGCUGCACAUGGCCCUGGGGACAGAGCACCCCAAAGGAGGCUGCGUGGUGGACGAGAUGGACUUCUCCAGCAUGGAGCUGGACGAGGCCCUGCGCAAGUUCCAGGCACACAUCCGUGUGCAAGGAGAGGCCCAGAAGGUGGAGCGGCUCAUUGAGGCCUUCAGCCAGCGCUACUGCAUGUGCAAUCCCGAAGUGGUGCAGCAGUUCCACAACCCCGACACCAUCUUCAUCCUCGCCUUCGCCAUCAUCCUCCUCAACACCGACAUGUAUAGCCCCAACAUCAAGCCUGACCGGAAGAUGAUGCUGGAGGACUUCAUCCGAAACCUUCGAGGUGUGGACGAUGGCGCUGACAUCCCCAGGGAGCUGGUGGUAGGCAUCUAUGAGAGGAUACAGCAGAAGGAGCUCAAGUCCAAUGAGGACCACGUCACGUACGUCACCAAGGUGGAGAAGUCCAUCGUGGGCAUGAAGACAGUGCUGUCGGUGCCCCACCGCCGCCUGGUGUGCUGCAGCCGGCUCUUUGAGGUGACGGAUGUGAACAAGCUGCAGAAGCAGGCGGCUCAUCAGAGGGAGGUGUUCCUCUUCAAUGACCUGUUGGUGAUUCUCAAACUUUGCCCGAAGAAGAAGAGCUCCUCCACGUACACCUUCUGCAAGUCAGUUGGCCUGCUGGGCAUGCAGUUCCACCUCUUUGAGAACGAGUAUUACUCUCAUGGCAUUACACUGGUGACACCGCUCUCGGGCUCCGAGAGGAAGCAGGUGCUGCAUUUCUGUGCCCUGGGCUCGGACGAGAUGCAAAAGUUCGUGGAGGACCUGAAGGAGUCCAUUGCUGAGGUGACAGAGCUGGAGCAGAUCCGGAUAGAGUGGGAGCUGGAGAAGCAGCAGGGAACAAAGACACUCUCCUUCAAGCCCAGCGGAGCCCAGGGGGACCCACAGUCAAAGCAAGGAUCGCCGACAGCCAAAAGGGAGGCCGCGCUCAGGGAGAAGCCGGCGGAGAGCACGGUGGAGGUGUCAAUUCACAACAGGCUUCAAACGUCCCAGCACAACUCCGGGCUGGGGGCCGAGAGGGGAGCGCCGGUGCCGCCGCCAGACCUGCCGCCUAGCCCCCUGAGACAGCAGCCCCCGCCGCUGCCGCCGCCGCCACCCACACCCCCGGGCACCCUGGUGCAGUGCCAGCAAAUUGUCAAGGUCAUUGUCCUGGACAAGCCCUGCCUGGCCCGCAUGGAGCCCCUGCUGAGCCAGGCUCUCUCCUGCUACACCUCGUCCUCCUCAGACUCCUGCGGCUCCACACCCCUGGGCGGCCCCGGCUCUCCGGUCAAGGUCAUCCACCAGCCGCCGCUGCCCCCGCCCCCGCCCCCCUACAACCACCCUCACCAGUUCUGUCCACCAGGCUCCCUGCUGCACCGGCGCCGCUACUCCAGUGGCUCAAGGAGCCUGGUGUAGACUCUGCCCCACUCCCCUCCUGCCCCGGGAGGGCUGGCCACUGGGGGGCCUGGGCUGCCCCUCCACUGCUCCCCACACCCUGGCACGAUGCGUUCCUGGUCACUGAUCACCAUCAUUUUGGGAAGAGAAUCCCAAUCCUGGCACCUGGGUUUGCCUCAUCCAACAUCCUUCCCUUUCUCAGCUGCACCCCGACUCCAGUUCUGAAGACACACCUCGCUCUCCCGGGGCCCUACGCAGCCAGACCCGGCGAGGCCUCCUCUUCCCCUGGCCACCACGUUCCCCCUGGACCAUGGACUGAAGAAACUGGAGCUGAGGCUCUAACUAGCUUGCAGGCUUUGAGUCUGUUAGUGCCUGGGGGCCUCGGGCCAUGGGGCAGCAGCAUGAGGCUGGGCCGGCCGGCAGUGGAGCACUAGACUGAAGGUGGCUGGCUCGCAGCCCAGAACUAGUGCCUCCGUGGCUGUGCUGAGGGGAGGAGGGUUGGUCCCGCUCCCUGGAGGGACAGGUGGGAGAAGUGAGGGUGGGGGCUUUUUCUGCUGCCCCCACCCCCAAGCCUGGCGCUCUCAGGAGGCUACUCCUUGGUCCCCAGGGACGUUGGCUGCCCUGACCAUGUCCUUCCCCUCCUCCCGGGGCCUCUGCUUCCUCAGGAGCUGCCCAGACUCCAGAAAAGCUUGGAGAAAGGGAGGCAGGAAGAGGAGCACUUUAGCGCUCUGCGGGUCAGUUCAGCAGGGUCAUAGGAUUGUGAGGUCAUGGAUCUGCAAAAUGCACCUUUUUAAAGAGUUUCUUAGUUCCCCAGCCCCAGCUAAUACCCAGCCAGUGCCGUGUGCGCACAGGCAUGUGCACGUAAACAUGCAUGAGAACCAGGCCGUUCCUUCCGUUGUGCAAGCGGAAGUGGAGACGGGGCAGUGAUCUGCCCAGCAGAGAUGGGGCUCGGCGCGAGGCAGGGCUCCCUCUUGUGUGAGUCUGUGGCCUCCAGGAGGGACUUGGGUGCAGAGGUAAGCAAGAAAAAUGGGCUCCAGAGACAUAUGCAUUUCCCCUGCACCCCUCAGCCUUUAAAUAUUUCCCCCUCCUAGAAGGUUCUAGACCUCCCCUUCCAGCAGGGGUGCCCAAGAGUCCCUGGACCCUCAAAAUUGCAAAGGAGGCCCAAGCGUGGCUCACUGACCUCCCAGGGCCCACCAAGAUGGGAUAGCCAGCCUUAGGUGGCCCCACGAGCUCAAGCCUGGGGAAGAUGAAAGGCAGCCACCCCAGAGACUAUAGGAGCCGUACCAUGGCCUGCCCAGUCAGGCCCUAUCAGGACGUGUCUGUCCCAAGCCUGGCCAGGCUCCAGUUCUGUGCCAGCAGCUCAUUGCUGUCCUGUGUGCAGGUCCCCCCACACUUGGAGCCUGUGGUUAAGGCCUGGGAGAGGAAGUGAACAUGAGUCAAGUGUGACAUGGACUUGAAUCUCCCCACCCUUCCCCUGCCCUGUCCCACCUGCAGUAGCUAGGCCAGGUAGGAAGCAAGGAUCAUUCCCGGCUCUCAGAGGUUCCAGAUGACCUAGUUUCAUUUCGUGUGUGUGUGUAUGUGUGUGUGUGGUCACUCAGACGUCACUGUGAUAUCACCCAGUGAGUCUAUUUCUGGCCCUGUCUUUGUCGGCCCAGUUUCCGUAACUUGCAGCCAAUUUGCCCUCUCCCCUGUGGCUGCCAGCCCGUCUGCCCCUCCGUGUCCUUGCUGCCAUGGCCCUCCUCUGUUUUCGGUAACAGAUGCUCCAGCCAUUGCAUUUCAGAGUGGAGCAGACAACAGAUGGGGUGCACAAAUUCAGACACCUCUGAUGCCCUUAGCCAAGGCAGGGAUCGCCCUUAAAGUGAAGGCCUGGACAGGAGGUGUCAGGGACUUGGGAGGAGUCCUGGGGAUGGGAGUGGAGGAAUCUUAAAAUGAGGGAAGCUGAAAAUAGAAUGAAAACGAUGACUAAGAGGCAGGAGUGCUAGGUAUGGGGGAAUAGGAACUAUGAGCUAAAUAUACUUAGGGGGUGGGGGCCAGGGACACUGUCCCAGACAGCCGUAGCACGACAGGCAGGACCCUGUCCCCUGCUCACAUAGCUCUUCAAGCUUACAAAGUACCCUCUCCCCUGUUGAGGGGCACAGUAACCCCAGGCCCUCCCUCCCACCUCAGCUGAAGCCCAGAUCUUCCAAAUUGGAACCAGCAAAAGUCAGGGCUGGCGCGCAUGUGGGCCUCCAUCUGAGAAACUGGACUCUCAGGCACCUCGGGGCCCCUGCCCAGGGCAGAGGCCCACCCCUUGGGUUGGUGCAGUGGCUGCCCUGGGCCCCACUGGCAGCACAGGGAGUCUCCAGGAAGCAGCCCGGCCUGGGGUCAGCUUCCCAUGGAGCCAGUCCAGAGCUGGGAGGGGCAUUCAACCCCUGAGGGCCUGGGGCAGGACACAGCUGCCCUCCUCACUGUCAGGGGAAGCAAGUGCCCAACAUCUGUAACCCUUCCCUGCUCAGUCCCCAGGCCAAGGUUGGGCCUCCUCUCCGUCCCCGUCGCUGUCCCCAGAGCCUAGACCUUGGGGACCUGGGAAAAGCCUCCCGCUCCCUCCCAAGGGCAGCAGACAGAGCAGGGCCUCCAGCCCCCCAGAGGACCAGUGGGGGUGCUCUUAGGCCUUCCUGCUCUCCCAAGGUUGCGGGGACAGUAGAGUGCUGACUGAGCCCCAGACUCAAUCACCCAAAGAUGGCCCCACUCUAUCCACUCCAGACCUUUGGGAAAUCUGGGUCCCUCUCCUGAUUUGAUCCAUUUGGCCCCAACUCCAGAGCCUGGAAUGGGAGAUGAAACUAGUUUUCCACCCACUUUUGGGGAAAUCCCACCCCUAGGUCUCUAGCAAGCCCUGCUGACAGCUUGUCCUGGAAGCCUGCCUGCCUGUCUCCACGGGUGUCUCGAUCCAGCACACACUGAUCAGCCCUGCGUCUUCGGGCCCCUGCGCCACCGGUCCCCACGGCCCGCCAGGAGUCUCUGUACCCACUAGGCUUCCCUGAUGACCAUCUAUCUGUCCGUCCCUGUGUCUGCUGUACGUCCCUCCUGCUGCACCCUCUCCCCACACACCCGUCGCCCAUAAGAGAGAAACCUCUCUAGGGAAAGGCAGGGUGGCUCCACCCAGCAACUAAUCCAAAUGGCAAAUAUUUUGUAACAAAAUAGCCCAGAGGUAUUUUAUCUGUUCAAUUCAUAGAGUUUUAGAGAUUAUAUUGAAAGAUGUCACUUGA